AUGGUGCAAGAUCUCAUGGCUGGAGGCUGGGGGCUGGAAGGGGUAGAGAUUCAAGGUGCUGAAGGGGCCAUUGUAGCCACAGCAGUGCCCAUUUCUGCUGAGGACACCAGCCGCAGCCAUGUGCAGGAAGGCACCAGCCCUCUAAGGGCCCUGCCUCAUUCUAAACACAGACAGAAGCUGCAUGAGAAGGUGGGCCUUUUGGUGAAUUUCCAGCUCACCAAGUAUCAAAGGCAGGAGCCCACCAUGAAGGCAGACACUCUGGCUCUGGUCAUCAGAAGGUUCCAGAGGCACUUCCCUGACAGCUUUGGGAAGGCCCUGGAAGUCAUGCAGCCACUUUUGGGUGUUGAUGUGAAGGAACUUGCCAAGAACUCCGUCCUGAUCAUGGUUCUGUGCAUUAUCUUCCUGGAAGGCAGCUGUACCAGUGAGAAAGAAGAUCUGGGAGGCACUGGGUAUGAUGGGUCUACAUGUUAUGGAGAUCCUCAGAGACUUUUCACUCAAGUCUGGGCACAGAAUAAGUACCUGAAGGUCAAGUUAGUGCCCAAUAGCCAUCCUGCCCGCUAUGAAUUCUUGUGGGGCCUGAGAGCCCACACAGAAACCAGCGAGAGGAAAGUCCUGGGGUUUCUGGCCCAGGUCAGUGGCACCGAGCCCACCUCCUCCCUGUGUCAGUACAUGCAGGCUGAUAGAGGAGGGGGAGAGAGGCUGAUUCCUGUGCUGUGUCCCAACAGGAUCCAACUAGACUCUGGAGGAGUCCCGUCUUUGUUUAAGUGGGUAGUACCGUCUAUUCUCAUCAAGAGUCCUCACCUUGACUCCUGGCAUCACUUGAGACAGCUCCCUUUGCUGACCCACUGCCAUGCCACCUUCCAGCGACCCUGA